CGCUGCUUUGCCCUAAACCGUGGUGGUCGUGUUCGAUCUUGCUUCGACUUAAGCCCUAGCGUGUUCUUCAAUUUCUUCAGCAACAAAAUGAAGCUCGUCAGAUUUUUGAUGAAGUUGAACAACGAGACCGUAUCAAUUGAGCUCAAAAACGGCACCGUUGUUCAUGGAACCAUUACAGGUGUGGAUGUUAGCAUGAACACACACCUGAAGGCUGUCAAACUUACUCUAAAGGGAAAGAAUCCAGUGACGUUGGAUCACCUGAGUGUGAGGGGUAACAACAUCCGUUAUUACAUUCUCCCUGACAGCUUAAAUCUUGAGACUUUGCUGGUGGAAGAAACACCUAGGGUGAAGCUGAAGAAGCCAACAGCUGGAAAGCCUUUGGGACGUGGUCGCGGGCGUGGUCGCGGGCGUGGACGUGGUCGAGGCCGCUAAAUGCAUUCCAGCUCUUCUAAUUUUUUGCAGUAUGUCUAUGUUAACGUAUAUGUAUGGAUGGAGAGAUUUGCUCUUAAUUUUCCAGCGGAAAAGAGAUCAAUCUCAUGCAACAAUUUAUUCUGGAUCUUUAAAAUCAGAGCCUGUUAUUUUGUUGCAUCAUAUGGACCACUAACAUUACUACCCAAUCUCGUUCACUUCUGCUCCGCCUAAACAAGGCAGAACAAUUAUGGUUA